AUGGACAACGCUGCUUUAUUACUCCAAUUAUUAACAAAUCCAAGUGCUUUACAACAAGCGCUUACAACUAUUACACAAAAUCAAGAAAGUUCAUCUACGCCUGAAUCUACACUGCCAGCAUCAUCUAAUGCUAUUAUAGGAAUUGUUAAUACAGCAGCAA